AUGGCGAUUACUAGUGCGUGCAACGAGCUACUAACCUCAUCUGUCCUGUGGACAGUCGCCCUGCUUGCUGCUUCGGUGUACCUUGUGCAGCUGGUACACACUGCAUUCUUUUCUCCUCUUGCCCAGGUCCCAGGGCCGCUCCUGAACAAGUUUUCUAACCUGCCGCUCAAGUACCAUGUCAUUCGCGGACAAUACCAUUCGUAUACAAGCGCACUGCACGCCAAGUAUGGCGAAAUUGUGCGCAUUGGAUACAACCACGUCUCUCUGUCCAACACCUCCGAUGCUCGGCUCGUUCUUGCCACCCAUGCAUUUCUGAAAGGCCCUAUGUAUGAAAAGGGGCACCUGAUUGAGGCCAAUACCUUCUCGACUAUCGACCCUGAGGAGAACAAGAUACGCAGGCGCCAGAUUGGAAGUGCAUUUGCGAUGCACACUAUGCGUGCUGUUGAGGAUACAGUAGUCGAUGCCGGCGCAAACUCGCUCAUCAGCGUGUGGGACGCUGAAAUCUCCAAGCAAGGAGGGGCAGCCAAGGUCAACUACUUUUACUCAUUCCACCGUAUGGGCUAUGAUGUUAUCGGCGCAAUUGGCUUUGGGGAGAGCUUCAACAUUUUGAAAACCGGAAACACGGAUGUCAUUGACUGGAUGCAGGACACGGUGCACCUCAAGUCAUUCCGUAGCCUGUCACCAAUGCUUGUCAAGAUCCCAUGGCUGUUUUCAAAGCUCAAGCAUUCACACAGCCAGAUGGUUGCUACGACUUUGGGCCGAGUGGAGAUGCGCAAGAGGCUUAUCAAAGAAGCUGGUGCGCCGCCACGCGUCGAUGUGCUGCAAAAGUUUAUCGAUGCAGAGGAUCCGGUUACUGGUGACAAGCUAACGCUUCGCCAGCUCCAGUCGGAGGUGGCGCUGAUGCUCGUUGCUGGCACCGACACUACCAGCAACACGAUAACGUACGCAAUUGUCCAUUUGCUUCACAACCCCAGCAUUUACAAGCGUGUCACCGAGGAAGUCCGCUCUACAUUCCCAGAUAGCUCCCAGGUCAUCUCGUUUGAGGACGCGAAAGCCAAGCUAUCGUACCUCUCGGCAGUCAUCUAUGAGACAAUGCGAAUCAACCCCUCAGUCUCAGGCAUGCUUCCACGCAGCGCUCCGGCCAAGGGGGCAACAAUUCAGGGAUACAACAUCCCGCACGAUACGCAAAUUUGCGUGUCAAUCGCCGCUUGUCACCGCAAUCCGCAUACAUGGAAGAACCCCGAUGUAUUCGACCCUGAGCGCUUCCUUGGUCCCGACUCAGCAGAGCGAGUCAAGGACAUACUGGUGUUUAGUUCAGGCGUUCGCGUUUGUAUCGGACGAAACCUUGCCUGGCUUGAAAUUUACACAGUCCUUGCCAACAUCCUGCGCAAGUACGAUUUCUCGCUGCCCGCGGAUGCGCCCUAUGGACCACAUAGGCUGGGCAAGUCUGGUGCUCCGGUUGAAAUUCCGGCUGUGUCCCACAUCGUUACUAACCCAGAGAACCCAAAGGACAACUGCUGGGCCGUCGUUAGACCAGCAAUGUCUGCCUGA